AUGCCUCCUCCAAAGAGAGGACGUGAACCGCUCCGGCCAGCCCUUCCGGCCAGCCUCCUCAAGGAGGUCGGCAGCAAGCCCACCUCAGACUCCCGCAGGCCGUCGCAAACUCAAACCCGAAAGGACCGGCGGAAAGCCGAGAGGACCCAGAAGCGCCAUCGCGAUGCUUCCAAACCCAAGCACAAGCCUGCUGCUGUUGCUGCUGUUGGCAGUGGCGGUAGGCGUCGGCGUGGUUCGAGUGAAUCUCUUCCACACAAGCCUCUGGCCAUGAAGAAAGCUCCUGAAUCCAGCAAGCCAGCUGCUCCAGUGUCGGAUGAGGAGGGCGAUGAGGAAGAGGAUGAGGAUGAUGAUGAUGACUUCGGCGGCUUUUCGGAGGAGCUCUCGGAUGAGGAAGAGGAGCCCCGCAACUCGCUCCCGUCAAGGGCAACCAAGGACAGGCUGGCUGAAGAUGAUGCAGAAAUUGCAGAUCUCGAGAGGAAAUUGGGUAUCAAGCAACGAAAAACUUUGCCCAAAUCGUUUCAUGAGGAUGGCCUUGACGAGGUUCUGGGUGAGUUGGCUGAUCAAGACGACGACGAGGCCCUGGUUGCGAAAAGAAAGAGGAAGGCCGAGGCAGAUGAAUGGCUGGCACAGAAAAGGAGAAAGGCCACACAGCAGCCUGCAGAUGACAGCGACGAGGGGAGUGACGACGACUCCUCCUCUCUGGCCGGUCUCGAGCAUGGGAGCGACUUGGACGAUAGUGAUGAAUUUGACGAUGACGGGGAUGUCUUCGAUUCAGAGCACGAGGCGGAAGAGGCGCCCGCGCGGAGACGUGAGAACCCGUACGUGGCUCCAGUGCCAGCAACACCGGCCGCGCAGAAGUACGUCCCUCCGGCGCGGCGUCAGGAGAGCGGCUCGGACGCAGAGCUCUUAUCCCGCAUCAGGAGGCAAGCCCAGGGGCUCAUCAACCGUCUCACCGAAUCAAAUUUGAUUGCGAUCCUCGGCGACAUAGAAAAGCUUUACCGGGAAAACCCACGGCAGCAUGUCACAUCCGUGCUGACCGACCUUAUUCUGGUCCAGAUCUGCGAGCCUACCAGCCUGCCAGAUACUUUGUUGAUCCUACAUGCCGGAUUCGCGACUGCAGUCUACAAAGUCAUUGGACCGGAUGUGGGAGCCCAGCUGGUACAACAGACGGCCGAGAGGUUCCACCUUUACUACGCCCAGGUCCCUGGGGAUGCGUCACGGGACGUCUCGAAACACACCUCCAACCUCAUCACAUUCCUGGCGGAAAUGUACAAUUUCCAGCUCAUUGGGUGCAACUUGAUUUUUGACUAUAUCCGACUCCUACUGGACCAUCUGACCGAGCUCAACGCCGAGCUCCUCUUGAGGAUCGUUCGAAUGGCAGGGCAGAACCUGCGACAGGAUGACCCAUUGGCGCUCAAAGACAUUGUGGCCCUGAUCCGACCGGCGGUCAACAAGGUCGGCGAAGCGAACCUCUCUGUCCGAACCAAGUUCAUGAUCGAGAGCAUCAAUGAUUUGAAGAACAACAGGGUCAAAGUGGGGGCGAGUGCGUCGGCUGUGAACCAGGACCACACAACGCGCAUGAAGAAGCUACUGGGCUCGCUCAACGCGAGGAAGCUCAAAGCAACGGAGCCCCUGCGCAUCGGCCUGAGGGACAUGGAAGAAUCGGACAAGCGAGGCAAAUGGUGGCUUGUCGGAGCGAGCUGGGCGGGCCGGGACGGUGCCGCAGGGAAACAGGACAAGAAUGACGGGGCCAAGGGAAGAGCGGGGGCCAGUGGCGAGGAGGAGGAGGAGGACGACGACUCGGAGAGCACCACGCUUGACAGUGACGAGGAAAUGGUGCCGGACCUGCAGGCGCUUGCGAGGGAGCAGAACAUGAACACGGACGUGCGUCGAUCGAUAUUCAUAGCCGUCAUGUCAGCGAGUGACUACGAGGACGCGUAUGGGCGGGUGAUGAAACUACGGCUCAGGAAGGACAGACAGAAGGAAGUGGCAUAUGUGGUGAUGCAGUGCGCGGGAGCAGAGCAGCAGUACAACCCUUAUUACGGGCUGGUGGCGCGCAGGCUGUGUGGAGACGGGAGGAUCAGGUUCGCGUUCCAGGACAGCCUCUGGAAGCUGUUCCGACGGCUGGGUGAGUCGAUAUUCGGCGAGGAUGCCGAGGAGGAGGAGGACGACGACGAGGAGGACGGCGAGGACGGCCGGGGAGAGGGCGAGGCGAGGGAGGCGCGGCGCAUCUUCAGCGUGGCCAAGAUGUUUGGGUUCCUUGUGGCCAACGGGGCGCAGGGGCUGGGGGUGCUGAAGUGCCUCAACCUGCCGUAUCUGAGGGCCAAGACGCGAGACUUUGUCGAGGUGAUGCUCAUCACACUGUUCCAGGAGCUCAAGGCGGCGGGCGGCUCGGCCACAAAGGUGUUUGCGGCGGUGGCUGACAUGGCGGAGCUCUCCAAGGGGCUGCAGUGGUUCCUGAGGAAGAGGGUGCGCAAGUCGGACCUGCUCACCAGCAAAAAGGAAAAGAGGCAGGUGAAGCAAGGCUGUGACGAGGCCAUGACUGCGCUCGCCGCCCAUGAGGAGCGCGCAGGUGGGGGCAAUUAA